AUGGCGUCACUCAGCCCCGUGGAAUCGCUGCCCAAUGAGCUGUUGAUCGAGGUUUCGCAAGGCCUGACAAGAUCAGAUCUCAUCAAGCUUUGGAAAACCAGCAGUAAGAUGUCACAACGUCUUAACUUCGCCCUAUUUAGUUCGACUACUACUCGUCAAUUGUCCAUGAGGUGGGCAUGUAACCACGGCGACGUAGCCGUCAUCCGAGCUGCGAUCUCACGAGGGGCUAGCCCCAGCUUGGUAGACAUAUAUCCCAGCAGCAUCGAAGAAGUCGACCUCGUCGGGGGCUUUGACAACUCCCGAAUGAAAGGAGUGAGGCAAAGUCCUUGCAUAUCCACUUUGGCCAUUACAGCCCAGAAAAACCACCACGGUGCCUUUGAAACGCUCCUGGAGCUCGGGGCGGAUCUAGAGGGCGCCCCCAAGGGAACUUUGAAAGCCCUGUCUAGAAUUCUCUUGAAAGAAGAGUUUCGAGACUUCUUUCGAAGAUUGCUUGCUUCCGGGCUUUGUCGUCCUAUUUUAGAUAAACCGGACUUUGCCAUCAAUCUUGUCGAAUUCAUUGCACAGGGAGCUCCUGUUGAUAUUCUCGAUGGUAUGAUCACGAAUGGAGCUGAUCCAAAUUUUAUUGUCCGCGACGGGAAAGAAGACCUUGCGUCCCCUCUAUCCCAGGCUAUCAAGCGGGGAUCAAUCCAAAUUUGCGAACUUCUAUUACAAAGGGGGGCACAAAUUGACGGAUCGAUCGAAUGUUACGGACUUACAAAAGAUCUUUCAAGCCCCUUUAGAUAUUGUCGGCCUGAACACUUGCCAAUAUUUUCUGCGGCUUCGCGCAUGGGAUCAACUGGAAACAUAGACAUGAUCGAUCUAUGUCUCCGCCAUGGUGCAAAUAUCAAUCAUAUUGCGCCUGCUAUUAUAUCUCCAUCACACGUUUGUUUUGGCCAGUUUCCAAUGACCCCAAUAGCGAGAUAUCUCGAAGCUAUACCACAGUGGCCCGUACAACAUAGCUUGACACCCAUCAAUGGUAUUGAGUAUUUCUCAAAGAUGGGCGCAGACAUACAACUCUGUGAGGCGCAGGAGGAUAUCGAAUGGCCUUGGAUGCCUCGUCGCCAAGUUUGUAAUAUCGACACUGAUGUUUUUUCGACUGUCGAAGUGCUACUCUACAAGUGGGAUCUGAAAACGAUGCACGAGCCCCAAUUUUUCGAAACAAUCCAAUACCUUGUCCAACAGGGCGGAGGGAUGACCAAUGCCAAAAACCUCCUGAAGGAAUUUUGUGAGGACUCCAAGCGCACCAGCGACCCAAUGAUACCAACGGACCCGAACCACCCAAACAAUGUCCCUCAAUGGUGGGAUAUUGUUAACCUCAUCAUAGACAAGGUGCAAAAUUUCUAUCCAAACGACCUUCGCUGGCUGCCAAACGUCACGUACGUUGGCAGAUAUACCGAUGAGUUAUUGCAGAGUGGCAACAUAGACCAAGCGCUUAAGGAUAAGCUACUCCGCGACUAUAUUAUUGAUCGAUCUGGAAGGCCACAAAACUAUGGAGUACUUGAUCGGCUUCUUAUUGACCGUAUUCAGACUGCAGGAGCAAAUAUCAAUGCGUAUGGUGUUGACAAAUUUGAGAUACCAAUUCUUCAUCAGCUAUGCCAGAAAUGGAAUGAAACAUACACUGAGGCGAAGAGAGAUACGGGAUUCCAGGAAGAUUGGGGAUGCCAGAUGUUGCGCCAGAAAGUCAAGGAAUUUUGCCUCUCCAUGAUUCAAAAGGGUGCCAAUCCAGAACUUGUUGUCAACGGCCUCUCAGCAGUAGAUCAUCUGCUUAUGCGGCUUGAAUCAAACACUGCAACGGAUGAAAGACACCGAUUCCUUUUUGAGCUUUCGCAGCUCAUGUCAGAUGAGUAUCAGCAAUAUCUCAGAGGGUGUAUCACUCCGAAUAUGCUGGUUCACAGGGAAGACAUUAGGAAAUACCCGCGUCUGCCCCAAGUCGAUGAUCUUUGGACGCCUGAUCCGGAAAAAUGGCACAGUGGCGUUCGCAAUGCGACUACCAGAGCUGGGUUAUGGCCGAGGUAG